CCUAGACACAGCUAUAGUCUGGUCUCCCUCGUGGAUCACAGAUGCUAACGCUAUUCUACUCACCAAGUGUGAAUUCUCUCCUUCCAAGGAAACUACUUCGUCGCCUACGAUGUUCCAGAAUAUUCUCCGUCACUCACCUGUUUCCCCCGCUUCUGGAUCCCUAUACUUACCUCUUCGUGCUGUGUGUGUGUGAUCUCCAAGUCCGGUGGACUGCGGAAGAAUACUAUGAUUAAUGAUGUGAAGCAGGAGGCAGAAAAGGCUCCAAGUGCUGUACUGGGACCAGAGACGAGUGGAAAGAGAUUAGAGAACAGCACGAGAAAGACCGUCUCCAGGAGUGUUAUCAGCCAGAUCCUCUGUGUAGACCAUGAAACAAAAGUGAUUGUCCACAGAGAGAGAAAGAGACUGCUGCACAAUUCUCAAAGGAGCUCAAGGCUAAGGAAGGAAACCGCCACAAGCAGAUGCACCAUUUCUGUCCACAGCACACUAGACAAAGAUGAAAAAAGUGAAAGAAUAGAGAAGAGGAAAAAGGAACCAUAUAAACUGGUUAACAUACACCCACACACUGAUAUUCUCGAUGUGUUUAGUUCCUGACACUCACGUGACAUGGGUAUAUCCGCUGUGUAUACUAUAGACAGGUCACACUGAAGCCUGCAGCUGCAUACAGUGUGGUUCAAUGAAUAAGGAGGCACGAUGACAUCCAAUAAAAACUUUAAAGUACCUUUAAAGCAGCUGAGCAGCCUGGACAGCUACAUAAUCGACAACUCUCAAAAGAAGAAAAAUAUACUGUGGCGACGACGUUCAUUCAACAGUGCCAAAAAUUCGAAUACUGAAGAUAUCAAAGAUGGGACAUUAUCACGCAGUAAGCUGGACAGAACACACUCUACAUCUCUAGUGGAUUAUACUGAUCCUCAGAGAACAAUGGUUAUAUUGGAGAAACAAGACAACGAAGCCUUUGGAUUCGAAGUUCAGACGUAUGGUCUCAAGGUGAAGAACAGCAGUAUGGUGGAGAUGUGUACAUUUGUUUGCAGUGUGCAGGAUGGCAGUGCAGCCGAAACUGCAGGUUUGACUGCUGGUGAUAUUAUAUUGUCAGUAAAUGGAGUCAGUAUUGAGGGAUCUACCCAUCAGCACAUUAUUGAGUUGAUUCGAGAAUCCACUAAUAUGCUGAAGUUGGAGACGGUCAGUGGGAGUGUUGUGAAGAGAAUUGAAUUAGAGAAAAAGAUGCGCUAUCUUAAGCAAACUCUUCGUGAGAAAUGGGUGGAACUGCAGUCUCUCACACUUCAGGAAAAGCAUCUUACUCGAGGUAAUCUGAAUGAGAGUGCUCAGCAUCCGUCUGUUGACUCUCUGCUGUCUCUCUCAUCUCCAACUGGCCGCUCUGGGCAGCGCUUUUCUAGUGACAGCAGUUGCCGCAGCAUAAUAACAGAUGAUAGUGAGGAUGGAGCCUUUGUGUCAUCAGUAUUUGAUGACUCAAGUCCAUUCAGCCCAAAUGAGCCAAACGGAGGCUUCUUCCAGCUGGAAGGGGAAGCUUUGCGACCCCUGACAAGAACACGCAGCAUUAGCCUGACCAGCAGUAACAGUUCAAUCUCUCCGAGCUGGGAAAAUUCAUCUUCAUCCAUGUUUGGGACGCUGCCAAGGAGAGGCAGAAAAGGUAGUGUCCGCAAGCACCUCCUAAAAUUCAUACCUGGACUGAAUCACUCCGUAGAGGAAGAAGAGGGCAGCUAAAACAUAAUUUCUUCCACCACUGACUGCUGAUCUGAUGAAUCCUUUGUAAGGACUUUGGGCGGUGGGAGAUUCAUACUAGUUUGAACUCUUCUGUUCUCAAAACGUUCUAGAAUUCAUGGCAUACAAGAACUCAUGGGCAUUCAUGACUUUCUUGUUUAAAGUGUUGCUGAAAAGAAAGGUGGAGUCUCACAUGAGCAUUACGGACUGCAUGGCAGCAAUCUUUAUAUUAUUUUCUGCCCUUUUUUUUUUUUUUUUGUCUGUCAACCAAACCAAAGCAUCCCAAUGCAUUUUCCCCAAGAAAUAAACAACUGGCAUUAACCAAACCUUGGAAAGUGUAUGCAGGAAAGCUAAUGCAUUGAGAGAAUUGUGCACAUUGCCUCCACUGCACUAUUUGAGUGGUUUAGAUUUCAGUCCCACAAGCUCAUGAAUGUGCCCUAGUUCCCACUUGAUCUUGUAACUAAUCAAGAUCUCAUAGUAUCAUAUCUGAUAUCUAUAUCUCAUGUCUAUAGAUCUCGUAUCUGUUGUAGCAUGCAAAUGUGAGGGGGCUUAGUGGUUGAAGACAUAGGGGUGGGAGGAAGCACUGACUCUGCACAGGCUUGUUGCUUCUUAAUGUUAAGUAUGUACCUUGCUGCACUCCAGAAUGUCUUAGACUUAAUACAAUUCAAGCGUUCAUUACAUUUGCAGUCUUUCUUCAAAAGCCAAUUUUCUCAUUUAGAUUACCUACAGUCUUGAUGAAGCAAGAAUCUGAAAAGAAUAGGCUAAAAUAUCUGGUUUACUACUGCCUAUACUGUAGUAUUCAAGUCAUAGAAUGCUCUGAACCCAUUAAUUUAAAAGGGGAUGUUGCAUUAAAAGACAUUUGAAGGUAACUCUGAGAUUUGUUACCACAAGAGCGACAUUUAAAUGAAUGUUAUGUAUAUCCAAUUGGUCCGUGAGAAUAUGUUUGUGCAAAAUAUGUUUGUGGCUCAAGUGUCUGCUAAAUGACAAGUAAACAUUAUGAUUCAUUAUGCCUGCAAGCUUACUCUGCCUAGUAACCACUUUACAGGUACUGUAGGUUUAGGGUUGAGGUUAAAGCAUCUUGCAUUCGUCUUGCAAACUUAAUGCAUUCUUAUCUCAGUUAAGUUUUUUUUUUUUAGGUAGUUAAAUGUUAAGGUUAAACAAAUGUUAAGGUUUGGCAGUGUUGUUUCAGGACCAACAAAAUAAUUCUGCUUGUCAAAAUCCAUCAAGCUCUCACCAAAAACAGAGACAGUGAAAUUACACAAUUGAAUAAUGCACAAAAUUAUUUUGCUGUGCAUCAAAAUCUCAUAAUUAGAAUAAUUCAUUGUAUAGAAUAUUUAAGACAAUUUAUAGUCAAUACUCUUAUAGAGUAUAUAUAUUUUUUUAAUUUAUACUCUGUCAGAAUUUAAUCCUAAUCUCAGAUUGAUUUAGAUCAAAACUUUAAAUCAUUGACUGCAUGAAAAAACUGCUCUGUAGUGAGUGUGUAACAUUUGCUGACUUGAAAAGACUGUGAUGAUAUGAGAGACAGAGCUCCAAACCACAGCAGGUAUAGAGAAAUUCAUAACAGGAUGUGGUCUGAUGGAGGUGCUACCAUACCACCUUUUUUUUUUUUUUCUUCUUUCUCAAGUGAUCCCUGUAACAGAAAGUUUUAUUUAUAUUAAAUUUAAAUUUAAUAAUAACAAUAUGUAUUAAUAAAUUAUUAAUAUAUUUAAACUAAAUUUGAAUAUAUUAAUGAUUUAUUAAUUAUAUUCAAUACAUAAUAAAUGUGAAAACCAA